AUGGCCAGUAAGGGCCCCCGGCCUGCCUGCGUCGAGGAUUACGACGAAGAACACCACGCCAUCCUACCCGACACUAGGCUUUCAGCCAAUAUUACUGCUAAUUCAGCUGUCAAAAUACAUUCCAGGUUGGAAAGAUUCCAGGAGCCGCUGAUCGACGGCGCCAGUGACUCAGGUUAUUCUAGUCGCACCGCCGCCACCGUUAAUAGCACCCAAUCUGGGCCGUCGGGCGGAAAAAGCCCCCCGACCCCUCUUAAGCUGGACACCCCCAAACGUACCGACCUCACUAGGAAAAGUUCAACCAGAGAACGCAACGACAAGGAACGAUCACGACCCUCGCGCGAAGAGAAGAUGGUUGGUGCCUAUCCGGGCACUGCCCAUCAUGCUCACGUGCCCCGGUCGUUGUCCAAGCCUCGUCGACGAGAAUCUUCCCAUGCUCGCCAAUAUCACGACAGCUACUACGAUUACCCUACCCAGUACCAUCAAUCAGCCCCGAUUGACCAUCGACAGAGCGAUUAUUCCUACUACCCCCAGCCACGUCCACCUGUCCCAGAAUACUCAUCGUCCCCUCACGCUUCUCGAUAUCCAGGCGGUGCUAUAGAGAACAUUCACGUCAGUCACCCUAGUCGACCCAGCCGCUCCACUUCAUAUCAUACCUACCACCCAGACGGACGACCGAUGAGUUUCCACGGGGUGCCACAUGGAAUGGGUUCAGGGAUGGCAUCUCCGAUGUACUCCCAGCACGGAUACGAACAGCAUGGCCCUCCACCAGCCAGCUCAGCAUACAUGCACCAAUACUCGUCAUCUCAAUAUGGAGGAGGACAGCACUACUACGCCCCAUCGGCCUCGGACUACCCCGCUUCGGAGUAUCAACAAGAGCGGUCCCCGUCCCGGGAGCCACCACGUCGUCGGUCUUCAUCUGUAUACACCGCGCCUCAGCCACCCAUGGACUCUGGGGCAUAUUCGCCAUGGUAUGAUGAUGAGCCACCUAUGGAACACUAUUCCUCGCGGGAUGACCGCCCUUCAAGGCACCAGGAACCGGAUGAAGACUACUAUCGCUUGCCACCCCCAGGAGCUAAGCCCAAGCCCAGGGCUAUCCCACAAAUUCACCAAGCAAAGCGACCAGAGCGCCCAGAUCCACCAAGGAAGAUGCAUACCUCUGCCGGUAUAGUUCCCUCCCAACGUCGCCCAUCCAGGGCUAUGGAGAGGGAGCGAGACAGGGACAGAGCCAUGGAGCGAGAUCUGGACCGCAUGGACAUGACGGAACUUGGAGGUGCCUUGCCGGUAAUUCAGGAUCGUUCCCAUCGUCGAAUUUCAAGGGACGCCCCGUUGCCAGAGAGAGCCCAUAGCCUACGAGACACUCACCGACGAUCAACGUCCUACCAGGACGAUCGACGGUCUGCUCAGGUGGCCGUGGCAAGCUCUCGGCGGCGGAGGCCAACCGAGUAUUACUACGAGGACCCAUCCAGUGCCAGCGGGGAUCUCGAAGACCGUGAACGUGACGCUGAGAACUACCAGGCAGCCCGAUCCGGCCGAGCCUCAACAGCUGCACUGUCUCCUUCCUCGGAUGCCAUGCUCUCUGCCAAAGCGCCUCCCGGCGCCGGGAGCGAGAGCGGCAGCCAGAAGAGUCGGUCCAGCCGUGGCAGUGCCGCACCUUCACGGAAGGAAGAUGACAAGAAUAUGACCCUGACCUUGAACGGAUUUCAAAUUGGAUUUACAUCUGAAGCAGUUGCAGGCAAAUCUAUUAACAUUCGUGCUGGGGAGACCGGGGCUGUUCGAUUGAACAUCGGCGGCCCGCGACCACCCAAGCAGCAUGUGAACGGUCCCAGCUCUGAGUACACAAGCGGCUCCAGCCGUCGGGCACUUGAAGAUGUGGCAAGGCGUCCCCGGGACGACAGACGGCCGGAACGGCCUGGUCGUCGAGACCGAGACCGAGACAACCGGUCGGCCUAUGGGACUCGCUACAAUUGA